GACGUCAACACGCAACAGGGAAAGCAACCGAGGAAUCCAUGACACGUUAGAUUGCCUACCUGUGUAAAAUUACAUUGUUAAUGGGAUCAUUGUAGAGUUUAUCUUAAAGUUCAUUGAUCAGAUUGUAUUGGUCUUGAAACAUUUCAAUAAUGUCAGCUUCAGCAGUAUUCGUGUUGGAUUUGAAAGGAAAGGUGCUGAUAUGCCGGAACUACAAGGGCGAGGUAGAUAUGGCUGAGAUUGACCACUUCCUGCCCCUACUCAUGCAGCAGGAAGAAGAGGGUCUUCUCUGUCCCGUCAUAUCUCACGGCCAUGUCCACUUCCUGUGGGUCAAGCACAGCAACCUGUACUUGGUGGCCACUACCAACAAGAACGCGAAUGCGUCCUUGGUCUACGCCUUCCUGUAUAAACUUGUGGAGGUGUUUACGGAGUACUUUAAGGAGCUGGAGGAGGAGAGCAUUCAGGAUAACUUUGUGGUGGUGUAUGAGCUCCUGGAUGAGCUGAUGGACUUUGGCUUCCCCCAGACCACUGAUAGCAAGAUCCUCCAGGAAUACAUCACUCAAGAAGGCACCAAGUUAGAGGUGGCAAAGACCAGGGUCCCCACCACAGUCACCAACGCUGUGUCAUGGAGGUCGGAGGGCAUCAAGUACAAAAAGAACGAGGUCUUCAUUGAUGUUAUAGAGUCCAUUAAUGUGUUGGUGAACGCCAAUGGAAGUGUGAUGAGUAGCGACAUCGUGGGCAGUAUCAAACUGAAGACCAUGCUCUCUGGCAUGCCCGAGCUCAGGCUCGGCCUCAACGACCGAGUGCUCUUCUCUCUCACUGGCCGAGACAAGGGUAAAUCUGUGACCAUGGAAGAUGUCAAGUUUCAUCAGUGUGUGCGUCUCUCGCGCUUCGAAAGUGACCGCACCAUCUCCUUCAUCCCCCCGGACGGUGAAUCAGAGCUCAUGUCCUACCGUAUCAACACUCAUGUGAAGCCUCUGGUUUGGAUAGAGUCGGUCAUUGAGAAGUUCUCCCACAGCCGUGUAGAGAUUAUGGUGAAGGCAAAGGGUCAGUUUAAAAAGCAGUCUGUUGCUAAUAACGUGGAGGUGCGAGUGCCCGUGCCCAGUGAUGCAGAUUCCCCCAAAUUUAAAACAAGCACCGGCCACGCCAAGUACGUCCCGGAGAAAAACCUUGUCGUGUGGACCAUCAAAUCCUUCCCCGGAGGAAAGGAGUUUCUCAUGCGCGCUCACUUUGGGCUUCCCAGUGUGGAGAAGGAUGAGAUGGAGGGCAAGCCGCCGAUUACAGUCAAGUUUGAAAUCCCAUACUUCACAGUGUCAGGAAUACAGGUGCGGUACAUGAAAAUCAUUGAGAAAAGCGGUUACCAGGCUCUACCCUGGGUCAGAUACAUAACACAAAGUGGAGAUUACCAGUUGAGAACAAACCAGUAGGCUAUGGUGAUGUUACAAGAUCCUUUACCCCAGGCAAAGCUGGCCCAGAAGAUCAAACCAAUGACCUUAUCAUGGAAAGCUAUUUUGAAUGUCACACUGACUCCUACAAACAUAUAUGAUCACUUUGGAUAGGAUAUUGAACAUCAUUGUCCAAUGCACACUGUUGAAGCUAGGCCUGUUGUAUCCUGGUAAUAGCCUAGCGAGUUGGCCUAUAGGCUGGAUUAAUGUCUGUUGAAAUCACAAAUAGGCCUUAGGCUAUACUUGGUGGCCCACUUUUAAAAUUGUAAUAUAUUUUGUAUGAAAUUAUGUCAGGAAAAACAUUUUAUGAUUGGUUGUGUUUGAAUUCAUAAUCACAUAAGCUUUAAGUGCAAUUAAAUUGUGCAGAAUUUA